AUGCGCACUCUGCGCCAGCUGGCCGACGACGAGGCGGAGAGCUAUCCCCUGGGAUCCCGCGCUCUCCGCGAGGACGCCUACAUGGAUGACGUCCUGACGGGCGCACCGACCAAGAAGGAGGCUAUCAAGCUCCGGCGACAGCUGACCGACUUGUGUAUGGCGGGCGGCUUCCCCCUACGCAAGUGGUCCGCGAACGAGUCGGAGAUCCUGGCGGAGGUCCCGGUGGAACAUCGUAUGCAGCAGGAGCUGCGAGACUGGAGGCCGCACGAGACGCACGGGACGCUGGGAUUGCGGUGGCAUCCCGCCACUGACGAAUUCUCCUUCGCCAUUCCGGCGAGAUCAUUGACGACGGUAAGCAAGCGGACGGUUCUCGCCUUUACAGCACGCCUGUUUGAUCCUCUCGGCUGGCUGGCGCCGGCCGUGGUGAGGGCCAAGAUCGCGUUCCAGUCGACUUGGUUGUUAGGCCUCGGGUGGGACGAUCCUCUCGAUGGAGCGGCCGAGCGACUCUGGCGCUCCUAUGAGGACGAGCUACCGCUGCUGGAGAGCGUUCGAGUUCCAAGGAUGCUGGAGACCUGUCCGGCGCGCGGCGACGCUGAACUUCACGGGUUUGCGGACGCCUCCGAGCGCGCCUACGCCGCCGUACUCUACUUGCGGACGGGACUCGGCGACUCCUGGAGGACCUGUCUGGUCGCCGCCCGGACGAAGGUGGCGCCUAUCAAGCCAGUGACGUUGCCCCGGUUGGAGUUGUGCGCGGCUGCACUUCUGGCGAGGCUCACAUCCCAUGUUCGCUCCACUCUCGGCCUCGGGCAGGCGCCCGCACACCUGUGGUCGGAUUCAACGGUCGCCCUGGGAUGGAUCCGCGGUCACCCGACGCGGUGGAAGACCUUUGUGUCAAACCGCGUCGCUGAGAUCCAGACCCAGGUCGCUGACGCGCAGUGGCACCACGUGCCUGGCCUGGACAACCCGGCGGACUGUGCCUCCCGUGGACUUCCACCGGGAGAGCUGGUGGCGCAUCCUCUCUGGUGGCGGGGUCCCCCAUGGCUCCGGGCGGAGUCAUCUUCAUGGCCUACUGCCGGGCCGCUUCCGGACGACAAGGACUUGCCGGAGGAAAGACUUCAGGCGCACGCCGUCAAGGCUGCGCCUGUUCCAGUGGAGGAGCCUGAGGAGCUGCUACGGUUCUCGUUGCUGAGCCGACUGCUGCGAGUGACGGCAUGGUGCCGACGCUGGCGGUAUAGGCAGCGGGUUCCGGGAGCUGUUUUCGUGGAGAUCGAGGGGAAUCAGGUUGACGUGCUGACGACGCCCGAGCUGGAGGAGGCGAGGACGAUCUGGAUCCGGCGGGUCCAGCUUGAACACUACCGAAGCGAGCUAGUUGCCCUUCAGAGAUCUCUUCCUCUUCCGUCUUCCAGUUCCCUCUCGCGCUUGACCCCCUUUUGCGAUUCUCAGGGUCUUCUCCGAGUUGGUGGCCGAUUGAGGCACGCGCUCCUCGCCUAUGACGAGCGACACCCCGUGCUUCUUCCUGGCGGAUCUCACUUCACCCGGUUGGUGGUGGAGGCAUGUCACCUGCGAGCUCUGCACGGUGGAGUCCAGACGACGAUGGGGGUGGUCCGCCAGCGCUACUGGAUUCCUCGAGGACGAGCGGUGAUUAAGCGUUGGUUGCACCGUUGUGUCAGGUGCGUGCGAUGGCGAGCGGACGUUCCUCAGCAACUGAUGGGCAGUCUUCCGCGGGAGCGGGUGACUCCAGGGAGGCCCUUCCUCGACACCGGUGUGGACUAUGCCGGGCCGAUCCUGCUCCGAGCGACCAAGGGGCGAGGACAUCGAGCGUACAAGGCAUUUGUCGCGGUCUUCGUGUGCCUUGCCACUCGGGCCGUUCACCUGGAGGCAGUGUCCGACUACUCCGCCGAUGCCUUCUUGGCGGCCUUGCGUCGGUUCGUGUCCCGCCGGGGCCUCUGCCGGACCCUUCGAAGCGAUUGCGGUACCAACUUCGUCGGCGCCGACGCCCAGUUAAGAGCUUUCUUUGCAGCGAGCAGUCCGGACUUAGGCCGAGUCGUCGGGCAGCUUGCGAGCGAGCAAAUUCAGUGGCGGUUCAACCCGCCGUCGGCGCCGCACUUUGGCGGCAUUUGGGAAGCCGCGGUCAAAUCGCUUAAGCACCACCUGCGACGAGUGUUGGGUGACUCGACUCUGACAUUCGAGGAAAUGAGCACCCUCCUCGCCCAGGUGGAAGCUUGUUUAAACUCGCGCCCGCUCCAAGCCUUGUCCGACGAUCCGGAGGAUCUCGCUGCGCUCACGCCGGGACAUUUUCUGGUGGGAUCCGCGUUGACCGCCGUGCCGGAGCCCUCGCUGCGGGAGCUGCCUGUGAACCGACUCACACGAUGGCAGCUUCUGCAGCAAAUGCGGGAUCAUUUCUGGGAGAGAUGGUCCCGCGAAUACCUGCACUCCCUCAUCCACCGACCGAAGUGGUUGAAGGGAGUCGGUGAUUUUAGCGUCGGACGCUUAUGUCUUAUCAGGCAUGAAAAUACGCCGCCGGCGCGAUGGCCACUUGCGCGCAUCGUCAGAGUGCAUCGCGGGGAAGACGGACAGAUUCGCGUUGUCACUGUCCGUACCGCGGCCUCAGAAUUUACUCGACCGAUCGUAAAACUUAUUUUGCUGCCGGUCAGCGAGAACGAGGCGAGCGAGGAGACCCUCGACUAG